AAGAACUGAAGUGUUAUCAAGUUUUAACAUUUAACUUAAGAUCUGAAUGUAUUAUGUAAAGUUUGUAUGUACAAUUUGUCUUGGAUUAAUACAACAUCUAUCACAGUUUUUGACAUAUUGAAAGAGGAAUACUUUCUAUGGCGAUAUUUUUCUGUUUACUUAGAGAACUAUGGUCCCAUAAGAACUGUUUGUAGUAGUGUGUAAAUCAACAAAACCAUGGGAUGUGGUGAUUCUAAAUCUUCAUCUGGUCAAACUCCAAGAGGAGGACAACCGCAACAACAACAAAGAGCACCUAAUAAGUUUGAUAGGCUUUCAGAAAUAGACAGUCAGUCAACUAAAACUCAGAACAGUACGGCCCUUUACGGGGGACGAGCUGCUGCUAAAUGGAAAAGAGCUGUAGCGGAGAAAAAUGCGUCUGUCAAAGGUAGCCAAAACUCUACAUCUGAGAAAGACGCUAGAAACAGAAAUGCUAAGAAAGGAAAAAGAAACCAGGCUGUAAAGGAACCAGUCAACGAAAAGGGAUACAAGAAAAGAAUACGUGAAAAUCUCCGACAAGCGGCAACAGGCUCAGACAUUGAAGAAAUCGAACACGCCAUUGAAUUGUUUGAGAAAAAUAAAUUAGAAGAUAAUGGUGAUUUAGAGGAUGCACAAGAACGAUUAGAAUUCUUAUACUUGCGGAAAGAAAUAAGAGACGCUAUAUUAAGAAGACAUCCGGGCAUUUUAGACAAAGCUAUUGCAAAUGUGCAGUCAUCACAGUAUCGUUCAGAACUAAUGCAUUAUUUAGAAAAUGCGAAGGCAUUAAAGCUGCAUUUAACAGAACUGAACCGUUUUAGUCAUGAUAUUUUGAAAAUGCAACAAGAAACAAUAUCAGAACUGCGUAGUUACAUAAACCCACCUGCAGGGGUCAAAGAGGUCAUGAAGAGCACAUAUUUGAUUAUUGGAUAUGAGGAGUCUAAAUUAAAGGAAUGGGCUGAUAUACAAAUUCUUCUAGGACGUCACGGAAGAGAAAAACUUCUUAGAGAGGUAGAAAAAGCAGACACUGUCAACUUAGAUGAACAUACAUGCAAACGAGUAGAACAAUUACAAAAAGAUUUUACUAUCGAUGAUAUCAGGAGUGUGAGUAAUGGUGCUGCAACCUUCUAUUUAUGGAAUCAAAAUAUGUCAAGAAAAUACAGUAAAGACAAACAAAGAUCUGCAGGUUCCAAUCCACCUCCAGCAGCCAACAGAAAGAAGAAUAAAGGAUAGAUUAAGACAUAUUAUAUAUAUUUAUACUCAUUUUGUCAUUUGUAUUUAUAUCAUUAUUUAAACUAUUGCCAAGAAACUAUAGAUAGACGCCAAAACAUCUGUCUCAUGUAUUUGCAAGGUUCGUUCUUGCAAGGAAAAUUUGAUGUUCUUUUGCCAAUUUCGAUUGUUUUCGUAUCAAAGGGAUAUAAUCGGUGGAUACUAAGUAUGUGAUUGAGUUUACAUUCCCUGAAUCGAGUUGUGGUCCUUGUUUUAAAGUAAUUUAAAACACGUGAUUCGUUUCGGAAGUUUAGGCAAAAAAAAAACGAAAGUUGUAUGUCAUUAAGAAGAGAGGUAUAAUAUAUAAAUAGAUGAGAGGUUUUGGGCCAAUUUUAUUUUUAUAUAAAGAACUUAAUUAGUUCUCAACAGAAUCGUCACCUUUUUGUCACAUCUACGCAUGUAUGGGGCCAUUGAAACAAAAGUUAGGGUAUCGUAGCUAGGAAAGUAACUAAUAAUAUAAUAAUAGUUUAUUUAUUUAGCUUGUCUUUAUUUGUGCCAUUAAUUGCAGUUCGAAGCUAGAGUGCCUGUAAAAUACUUCUUAUUCACUUACUUAUUAUUUUAUAUUUGAAUGCGCGAACUAUAGGGCAAUAAGAUCAAGAAAGAAAAUCACUCGACUCGCACAUGGAAAAGGUAGCACAUGUUCUUAAGUUGAAACAUAGACGCAUUUUACACCCAAUUUCUGUGUAAACAAAAAUGUGAUUUGUUAGUGUCUUUUUCAUGUUAUCUAUGUUACGAAACUGUGAAAUAAUUAAAAUCUGUGAUAUUUUGUGUAUUUAAAACAAAAAUAAAACUUUGCAUCUUG